UUUCUCUUUUUUUUUUUUCUUUCUUUUUAUUAUUAUUCAUUCUUUUUAUUUUCUUUUGUACCUUUUUUUAUUCUAUUUUACAAUUUAUCAAACAAUGUUAAAGGUAAAUGAAUAAAUUAUAUUUAUUAUAUUAUCAUAUUUAUUUAUUUUUUCAUAUUAUAUAGAUUAUUCCCCACACAAGUCUUCGUACAAACUAUAAACUUUUACAACGUAUACAAUAUUAUAGUACUGUUCAAGACACUCAUACUACUACAAGUAGUCCUCCUCCUCCACCACCACCACCUCCUUCUUCUUCUAAACAACCACAUUUAUCAUCAACAGUGAAACAAGACCAGCUAUUUAACGAUGAAACUAGAAUUCACUUGGAACGAUUACGACAACAUCAUUUUCAUGCUACCAAUAUGCCUGAUUCUCCUGACUUUGGUACCAAUCAAUAUUUGAAUAUUAAUGAAGAAUUACGUCAACAAUUAAAAGAUAUUGUUUCUCAAUUCCAUGCUCCUAUUCGAUAUGCUUUUGCCUAUGGAAGUGGUGUUUUCCGUCAAGCUGGUUAUGAUGAUAAGAAAAAACCAAUGAUGGAUUUUAUAUUUGGAGUGAGUCAUCCUGGUCAUUGGCAUGCUUUGAAUAUGCAACAAAAUCCACAUCAUUAUUCUGGUUUACGUUUAUUAGGUUCAAAUACUGUCUCCAAAUUACAAGAUAAUGUUGGUGCUGGUGUCUAUUUUAAUCCCUAUGUUGAAAUUAAUGGCAUCGUGGUCAAAUAUGGUGUGGUAUCUAUUGACAAAUUAUGUAGAGAUUUGAUUGAUUGGGAAACUUUGUAUUUAGCUGGUCGAAUGCAUAAACCCGUCAAGAUUCUUCGUGAUGAUGCUCGUGUUCGUUUAGCUAAUCAAGUCAACUUGACUGAAGCUGUACGUGUGGCCUUAUUGACUUUACCUGAAAGAUUCGAUGAAGAACAAUUGUUUGAAAAGAUUGCAGGCAUCAGUUAUGUGGGUGAUUUCCGGAUGGCUGUUGGAGAAAAUCCAAACAAGGUCAAAAAUAUUGUACAUGCUCAAUUGGACCAUUUCAAUCGAUUGUAUUAUAGUUUAUUGGAUGAUUUGCCAAAUGUCGCUGUUCUCAACAAUGGUCAAUUCCAGCAAAAUCAAAAUCCUAAAUUUCGUGGUUUGAUGGUUCAAAAAUUACCAAAAACUCUAUAUGAUCAUGUGGUAAAUCAACAUCGAACAUUUGCCUCUCGACAUAAUUUGGAAAUUCCUUUGAAUCGAUCUGAUAUGUAUCAACAAAUAGCCUCUUCUGCCAAUUUGCCUAAUUAUAUGGACCAAUCGUUACGAUCUAUUAUUGCUAGACCUGCACUCACUCAAAGUAUCAAGGGUAUCUUUACAGCUGGAGUUCUGAAAUCAACUCGAUACGCAACUGCGAAAAUGGGCAAAUGGAUCAAAGCCAAGAAAUAGUGUAGUGGAAACAUAGUUUGUUUUUUCUUUUAUGUAGAUAGAUUUUUUUUUCUUUUUUUUUUUUUCUUUU